GGUGCACAGGGGUGGGGGGGUUGCGGAGGGACUCGUGCUCGGGCGCUGAAUCAUUGCCGUCGCUUUGGCGUAUAAAUAACGGGACGCGCGCGCGCCGGGCUCAGCAGAGGACGCACCGAGGACGCACCGAAUCCAGCUGCGCGACGCGGAGGCUGCGUGUGUUUCCUGCAUCUGAAAGCCGAACUCACUGAAGAUGAGGGCGUGUUGGUUUUUGCUGGGCCUUUCGCUCCUCUACAUCUCAGCCGAGUGUCUGCUGCCCCCCACCAAGGACGACCUUAAUCAGAUCUCUCAGCUUGGAGAGAAAUAUGUGGAUAAAGAGAUCGAGAAUGCCAUUAACGGUGUAAAGGAGAUGAAGACCGUGAUGGAGAAGUCAGAGGAAGAUCACAAGAAGUUCCUCUCAACUUUGGAGGAAACCAAGAAGCAGAAAGAGGAAGCGCUGAGGGUCGCCCAGGAGAUGGAGGAGAAGCUGAGUGAGGAGGAGGCAGUGUGCAAUGAAACUACACAGGCUUUGUGGGAGGAGUGUAAGCCGUGCCUGAAGAACACGUGUGUAAAAUUUUACUCCCGCACCUGCAGCAGCGGUUCAGGUCUGGUGGGACGGCAGCUGGAGGAGUUCCUGAACCGAUCCUCGCCUUUCUCCAUCUGGAUUAACGGUCAGAACAUGGAGACUCUAGAGAAAGAGGACCACCAGCAGACGCAGCACUUCCAGGAUCUGGAAAGGCGAUACACCGACGUAGCCGAAGGCGUGGACAGCAUUUUCAUGGACAGCAUGAGAGUAUUUGACCACAUGCGCUCCCUGCACCAACCCAGAUGGUUCCACAGACCUUCCCGCAUCUACAGGUCCCUCUUCCAUGACCCAGAGUUCUCAGGCUUCCACAGCAUGUUCCAGCCCAUGAUGCAGAUGACUCAAGACGUAUUUGAGUCGUUUGGGUCGUCCAUGGGGGGUGAUUUGAACUUUCCCUCAGAAGGCGGCAACAUGAAUGAAGACGUCGUCAUAACCAAGCCGUUCGGAAACGAUAAAAUGACCUGCCGGGAGAUUCGCCGCAACUCCGCUGGCUGCAUCAAACUCCGGGAGGAGUGUGAGAAGUGCAAGGAGAUUCAGCACAUUGAUUGUUCUGGAAAGAAGCCUCUGGAAGGUCCACUGAAGGAGGACCUGGAAAAGGCUCUGGCUUUGGCCGAGAGAUUCACAAGGGAGUACAACAAUCUCCUGAGGCACUUUGAGGAGGAAAUGUUCAACACCUCAAAGCUGCUGGACACGCUCAGGAAGCAGUUUAGCUGGGUGUCCUCGCUCGCCAACCACACGACCAGCGACAACAACGGCAUCUUCAAAAUCCAAACAGUCAUCUGUAAGGACAUGGAGGACUCUGAGAAACCAGGCGACACCAACGUAUCCGUCAAACUGUUUGACGAGCCAGAAAUUAGCUUCAGCGUGCCAGGAGACAUCCCCUGGACCGACCCCAAGUUCUCCGAGGUGGUGGCGCAGGAGGCUCUGGAUCGCUACAAACAGAACACUGUAGUUGCAAAGUAACGCUGAAGAAAUCGACCCAGUAAUCAUCACUGAAAAACCAAACAACAAAAAAAACCUGCUUUUUAUCAACAUUUAUCAUUUAUCAGAAUACAAAUAGCUGGAUAUAUAUACUAUAAUUAACUGGAUGUUCACUAUCUAGCUUAAUUCCUGCUGUAUUAUCCUGAACUAGGCAUCGCGAGAUCCUCAAGCAUCUGUGUGAAAAUAAAAGCGCUUCCGAUUUCUUCGUAAUAACCAGAUGUAUGUUGUGAAAUGGAUAAUAAAAACGUACAAAUAAA